CUCUCUCUCUCUCUCUCUCUCGCCGGCCGCUUCCUUCGCUUCGCUUCCACCGUGAUAUACCAUAGACACCCACCCCCACUCCCCUCUAUCUCCUCCAUCCUCCUCCUCGACCUCCCCUUCGAGCGAUUUCUCGCCCGGCAAAAUGUCUGGAAAAGGCGCUAAGGGCCUCAUCACGGCUAGGACUUCGGUCCCCAACUCGAACAAGGACAAGGACAAGAAGAAGGCCAUCUCCCGCUCUCAUCGUGCUGGUCUCCAGUUUCCAGUUGGACGUGUACACCGUUUGCUGAAGUCUCGAGUUGCAGCACACGGAAGAGUGGGGGCGACAGCUGCUGUUUACCUUGCCGCCAUUUUAGAGUAUCUAACUGCAGAGGUGUUAGAACUGGCUGGUAAUGCUAGCAAGGAUCUAAAAGUGAAGCGCAUUACUCCGAGGCAUUUGCAGCUCGCAAUCAGGGGGGAUGAAGAGCUGGAUACCCUCAUCAAGGGAACAAUUGCCGGAGGAGGCGUGAUACCUCACAUCCACAAGUCUCUUAUUAACAAAUCCUCCAAGGAUUAAGCCAAACUGUCAGUUUUUUCCAACUUCUUCAAGCUUCAUUUCAGGUAUAUGCUAUAGAUUGACAAUCAUGGCAUCAUGAUAAAGGUUUUGGCAAGUUCAUUAGUUGUUUUGGUGUAAUUAUGCUGAUGAUUAUGACUAAACCCUUGCUUAUGAUUUAUAGAGAUUUUUCAGUUCUGUUUUUGGA